AACUGAGACCUAGGAAAGGGGCGGAGUCUAUAAGAAGGCUCUGGGAGGUCACAUGGCCCUGUUCCACCUGCACUGAGACACACCUGAGAGGCAGCAGCUGAGAUCAUCUCACAGCUGUACACCUCCACACAGAUGGUAAAAGCUGAGACUUGGGUGAUAACAAAGGGGGAUAACCCAUCAGGGAACCAGGAGGAAAUUCCUUCAUGAUUUUCAAGUCUCUUUGAAACGCGGGUUGAAAACCACAGGACAUCUAACAGCAGCGCCACACUGUCCUCAUGCGUGUCGAUGGAACCGUGUGUGUGCCCAGAGGAGUGUAUGUUCACCGCUCUGUCCCACGCUGAUGUCACCUUCCGUAAGAUGGAGGGCUACCUGAGGACCCGGCAGCUGUGCGAUGUCAUACUGGUGGCUGGAGACAGGCGGAUACCUGCACACAGGCUGGUCCUCUCAUCCGUGUCGGACUACUUUGCGGCCAUGUUCACCAGUGAUGUGCGGGAGGCCAAGCAGGAUGAGGUGAAGAUGGAAGGAGUAGACCCUGAUGCACUCUGGGUCCUGGUGCAGUAUGCAUACACAGGCCGUCUCGAGCUGAGGGAGGACACCAUCGAGUCUUUGCUGUCAGCCUCUUGUCUUCUACAGCUGUCAUCUGUGGUUCAGGCUUGCUGCUCCUUCCUCAUGAAACAGCUCCACCCCUCUAACUGUCUGGGCAUCCGCUCCUACGCUGAUGCUCAGGGCUGUCAUGACCUGCAGAGGGCCGCUCACGCCUACACCAUGGAAAACUUUUUGGAGGUGGUUGGAGACCAGGAGUUCCUGGUGCUCCCUGUGGAGGAGAUGGAGAGGCUGCUCACUUCUGAUGACAUCAAUGUGCCCAAUGAGGAAACUGUGGUGACCUCUUUGCUAACGUGGGUCCGUCAUGAUGCAGCCACUCGGCAACGCCACCUGCCUUUGUUGCUGGCUCACGUCCGACUGCCUCUACUGCAGCCACAGUUCUUGGCAGACCUGGAGUCCAACCCUCUGCUGCGGGACAGUGUGGAGUGCCAGCGGCUGCUGAUGGAGGGGAUGAAGUAUCACCUCCUACCCCAGCGCCGGCCCCUUCUUCAGAGCCCUCGCACUCGGCCCCGCAAGGCCACUGUUGGAGUCAUGUUCGCUGUGGGGGGCAUGGAUGCUACGAAAGGUGCUACGAGUAUUGAGCAGUACUGUCUGCGUCGGGACACGUGGAAGCAGGUUGCCACUAUGAGUGGACGGAGACUGCAGUUUGGUGUAGCUGUCCUCGACGGCCGUCUUUAUGUGGUGGGGGGCCGAGAUGGACUGAAAACCCUCAACUCUGUGGAGUGUUACAACCCGCACAGCAAAACCUGGAGCGUCAUGCCUCCCAUGUCCACGCACAGGCAUGGCUUAGGUGUAGCUGUCUUAGAGGGGCCCAUGUAUGCAGUAGGCGGACAUGACGGCUGGAGCUACCUCAGCACAGUGGAAAGGUGGGACCCCCAAGCUCGCCAGUGGAGCUUUGUUGCAAGUAUGGCUACACCCAGAAGUACUGUGGGAGUAGCUGUACUCAAUGGCAAGCUGUAUGCAGUAGGAGGCCGUGACGGCUCAUCCUGCCUGCGUUCAGUGGAGUGUUUUGACCCCCACACCAACAGGUGGAGUGGUUGUGCCCCUAUGGCUAAAAGGCGUGGAGGUGUGGGUGUGGCCACAUGGCAUGGCUUCUUGUAUGCAAUCGGAGGUCACGAUGCUCCUGCCUCAUCCCUGGCAUCUCGGUUAAGUGACUGUGUAGAGAGGUAUGACCCCCAGACAGAUGUGUGGACAGCAGUAGCCCCCAUGAGCAUCAGCAGGGAUGCUGUUGGUGUGUGUCUCCUUGGUGACUGUCUCUAUGCUGUGGGAGGUUAUGAUGGGCAGGUGUAUCUCAAUACUGUAGAAGCAUACGACCCUCAGACAAACGAGUGGACACAGGUAGCACCUCUGUGUCUGGGCAGGGCCGGAGCAUGUGUAGUGGCCGUCAGACUGUGAAAACAAACAUUUGAUAUUUGGUUGACUGUGUCUAACGUGGCUCAGAGACCCUCUUCUUUGUCACCAAUGACAUGGUCAUGUACGUCGAGAGAUCCAUCUCUCUGUACCAGGGAACCAAGUGGCUGACUACUGAACAUUCUUCAGGUUUUACACUUCAGCAAAGUCCAGUUUUCCUCUGUUUGAAGUCUGCCCAUUAUUCAUUUAAUCUUAAGGGUUAAGUCAUGUGUCAGGUUUCUGAUAAGGCUUUCAUAUUUAAACCCCCCUGAUAGCUUCUGCCACAGCAGUGAACUGCUAGCGAUACUCACAAUGAAGAGGACUCUGCAGUGUUUAUCUCAGCAUGGCAUAACAGCUUUCUCACAGCUUUUUUUUCCCCCUGCCUAU